AGCAAAUUUUUUUCCUGAAAAGGGGAUCUUAGACGAAACCCUGAAAGCAGCAUCCCGUCCGUCUUCUUCUGUUCCUGGAAGGAGGAAACAGCCAAUGUCCUCUGGUGGAGAGAGCCAUAAAUGAGGAGGCGACCCGGCGGCUGCGGCAGGCUACCACUUCUCUGCAUCCGGGCUGGCAUUACCGUGUUACGAACCCUUUAACUGGGAGUUAAUAAAUUAAACCGGAUGCCUCUAUGAUCCAGCUAACCGCACGGCGAGAUAUACAGUGUUCAUUUUGCACAAGCAGAGGUGAGCCAUGGCUGAGCCGAACUCCUCACGUCCUCAAAGGAAGAUGUCCACCGCUGGGGAGAGUGUGUACAAGGUGCUAGGGCUGGAGAAAGGAGCUUCAGCUGAGGACAUCAAGAAAGCAUACAGAAAACUAGCACUGAAGUACCACCCGGACAAGAACCCAGACAACCCGGAGGCAGCGGAAAAGUUUAAGGAGAUUAACAACGCCAACUCUAUUUUAAAUGAUGAGACCAAGAGGAAGAUUUAUGAUGAGUAUGGCUCCAUGGGCCUUUAUGUGUCCGAACAGUUUGGAGAGGAAAGCGUCAAAUACUACUUCCUCAUGUCCAAAUGGUGGUUUAAGGGUCUGGUGCUGUGCUGUACAUUGUUCACAUGCUGCUGCUGCUGCUGCUGCUGCUGUUUCUGCUGUGGGAAGUGCAAACCACCUGAUGACGAUGAAAGCUACCAGUAUGUUGACCCCGAAGACCUGGAGGCCCAAAUCAAAGCAGAGCAGGAUGGAGGUAACACAGUAAUCAUAGGCCAGCCCACAUCUAAUCUGGGUCCAGAAAGCCCAGAAGGCCAGACUCAGCCCAUCCCCCUGCCUUUGCCCAUGCCCAUGCCUCCACCUGAGCCCCAGUCGCUGACCUCAGCCAAUCCAGCAGGGGAAGAAAACCCUGGAGAGACCCUACCAGAGUCAAAAUGACUCGAAAGUGACGGUGUGGAUGAGCCUCAACUAGCAGAAGCAGCCUUUCGAGCCCUUGUUAUGACCCAGCCACAUUCAACUGCUGCCAUAGAUCCAGAGACCCAGAGAUCAACCAGCCCAAAGCCAUCAGCCAGCCCGGGCCCGCGCCUAAAUCCUCCCCCCUCAACCUACUUGAUCAACCCACGGGACAACACCCGCAAGGUGGGCACUGAAAGGCUCUUGGCCCCCCUCCGUGGAGCUGAAAUUACGGAGGAGUAUUCAUGUAAAUUAAACUAUUAGCUGGGCUUUCCAAUACUAAGACCCUCAUUGAAAAUUUCAUGCCAACUAGUAAAUACAAGGCAACUAGCCAUUGAUGACUCCAAUGAGUUGCCUCUCUCCUUCCAGCUUGCCAUAGUCCAACCUGGGCUGGAUGGGACCUUUGGUAGCGGCCCAGUUAUCCAGGGCUAGGCUUGGCAACAUACCUGAGCUCUUUACUAAUCUGCUCUGGUCAACCCAUUCCAACCAGUAAGGAUGUGACACUGGGCAGGAAGAUGGCAAAAACAGGGGAAUAUGAGGGCGAAAAACCUGAUGAAAAAGCGAUCCUUGUCAUUUAUCCACUAUCCAGGCCAGGACUGGAAUUAUUUCUUUUUUUUCCCUCAGUCCCAUCCCUCCCCGUCUCCCUCUGUUUUGGACUCUGUAAGUGACAAACAGGAGUGGGUUUUUUUAAUUUAUUUUUUUAACAUUUCAUCCCAUUUAACUUGGUUUUGGAGUUGCCCUUGAAACAGAACGCCACAGUGAUUGGUGUUAAAGUAACUUCUUUAUGGAAUUGGAUGCCACUUGUGAUUUGAAAAAAAUCAUCAGAAGCCAGCAGCAAAACAGAAACCACGCAUUAAGACUGACAAUGAGGGUGUGGAAUACCAUUUUUUUCUUUUUUUCCCUCUUCUUCCUUCUGUCUUCUUUUAAAUGAACAAUCGCCUUCAGUUAAAUGUUGUCACUGCCCUCUAACGUUCAUUCUGUCACCCUAACUCAUGAUGCCAAGGGUGGUGUUUUUAAUAAAAAAAAAAAAAAAAAAAAAAAAAAAA